AUGCGUAUGCUAUUGCUCUCCACUCUUUUCGCCGCCAAUGGAGCAGCAUACGACUCGCUGCUCGGCUUCGAUGCCACCGCAAAGGUCGAAACACGAUCCAUCGACCAGAUCUACAAAGCUGCUCUCAAGGAAGGCGGCGUUGUAACAUCCUGGUUCGGCGGCGAUGAAAAGAACCAGCAAGACGCAGUAAAGAAGGCCUUUGAGGCAGCCUUUCCCGGCGUAACUCUCAACCUCACUGUUGAUGUUUCCAAGUAUCAUGGUGGCAACAUUGAUGAACAGCUCGCUAGCAACAACGUCUACGUCGAUACCGUUGCUCUACAGACGACGCACGACUUUCCGCGUUGGAAGGAGGAGGGCGCACUGCUUCACUAUGCCCCUGUUGGAUUCGACAAGAUCUAUCCCGAUUUCCGGGACAUCGAUGCCGCUUUCUAUGGUUACAUGGGUAUUGCGUGGCAGUUUGUCUGGAACUCGGACAAGUUGAAGGGCAAGAAGGCGCCUGCAGAGUUCCCGGAUUUUCUUGCGCCAGAGUACAAAGGUAAGCUUGCCUUGACGUAUCCCAACGACGAUGACGCGAUCCUCUUCCAGUUUGACCUGAUUCUCAACAAGUAUGGCACUUCUUGGUUCAAGAAGCUCAUCGGGCAAAAGCCCCGCUGGGUCCGAGGCACAGCCACCGGCGCAACACUUGUCGGCGACCCCAAGUCCCCCUACGUUGCAACUUUCACCUCAGCUCUUGGUCUGACCACCGGCACGGGCUCUCUCAACGCUACAUUUCCAAAGCAGAGCAACUUUGUCUCAUGGCCGCAGCACACUGCCAUUCUUAAGGACGCACCGCAUCCUGAGGGCGCUAAGCUGCUGCAGAACUUCUUGCUCAGCAAGGAUUUCCAGAAGACGAAUGGAUUCUGGCCUGUAAGGAGUGACGUUGCUCCGGCGGCAGGAUUCCCUGAGCUUAACAAUCAGCCCCAUACGAACCCGGGUGCUUUUGCCAAGUUUAUGAGCAACCGGGAGAGGGUUGAGAGGCUGAGGUUUUGGUUUGAGAAGAGACUCGGUACUGCACAAGGUCUUAGCCCGCUGGAUGAUGAUUUGUAA